AGAUGGCGUAUGUUAAUGCUUAAAAAUCUAGACUUUAGUGAUUAAUUUUUUCGAUUUUUCAGAUUAAUUAUUUCAUUUAUGCGUUUUAAAUAAAAGAAAAAAAUCAGUCUCCUCAUUUCACGCUUAAAAAUUUUUAAAGAUGGCGAUGAAUGGUCAACUAAAUGGAGGAACCGGAAAGUACCUUGAUUCACUUGACACAGAUGAUCCUGAAUAUGUUCGCCAGCUGAUGAGGCCAGUUGAUGUGAAGGAAGAUGUUAGGCAGAUGGAAGAAAGGAAACGUGUGAAAUUAGUGUUAGAGAGUAGUCUGUUCAGGAAUGAAUUAGAAGAGCUUGUUGUGGAACAGCUCUUUCAGAAUGGCGGACCUCUCACCCCAAACUCUGUGACUGCUAAAAACUUGUCAGAUUUGCUGGCAAACCGAGUUAAAAAUGCAGCAAUAAAAAAUGGUUUAGGGCCUUGCAUUCCAAUAUCAGAUAUAAAAUCCAGUGUGGUGGUAGACCCUCUGGAGCGCACGUUCAGGUGCAAGUUGGCUUCCCUCUAUAGAAUCAUCGACCUUAUGGGGUGGAGUCGUUUCAUGCAGGGGGGCAUUUCUGGUCGAAUUAGUCAGGAGCAUGAAAGGUUCCUCAUGGGCCCGUAUGGAAUUUUCCCCAACGAGGUCACCACCACUAAUCUUCUGAAAGUGAACACAAAGGGUGAUGUACUGGAUACCCCUGUAAACCCCUUGAUACAUAAUUUUUACAACGGGGAGACGACCAACUUAACUAACGGUAAUCAGGCAGGGGUAGAUAAGAAUGAAUUCAAACUGCAUUCUGCCAUAUACGUUGCCAGACCUGACGCUCGAUGCAUUGUCCAUCUGGCUAACAGUGCUGCUGUUUCGAUAUCAGCACUGAACCAAGGUCUUCUGCCCUUAAGUAAGGAGGCCAUAUGUCUUGGGGACUGCAGUUAUUACGUUUACAACGGUGGCACUCUAGACCCGGAGCAGAGGGACAAGUUGAGGAGGUCUCUUGGUCCUUCUAACAAAGUGUUAUUCUUGAGGAACUUUGGAGCGAUGCUGAUAGGCACAUCAGUCGAGGAGGCAUUCUGGUUGACCAGGCAUCUCAUGUCUGCUGUUAAUGAACAGGUAUCUGUACGCACGCGCGCGCGCGCAUGUGUGUGUGUGUAUAUUUUACUCCAUUUUACUUUUAUCUCAGCUCUCAUUGGCCAGAACUCCUGGGGCUCUGAGCAAUCUGAAGCUACCAUCGGAUGA